AUGUUUGCCUCCACAAGUUCAAUGCUGCAAAGUCCAAGGCCGAACCGCCGGUGCCGCGAGGCAGCCGUGUGUAUCAGCGUCGAGACACUCAGCCCCCUCGCACCUGGUCAAUUCCAUCGCGAGGACCUCUCCUCGGCCUUUGAGCCAUCAAAGCCCAGCAUGUACACACUCUCUAGCUUCAGCACAUCAGACACCGACUCUACCUGGCCACUCACUCCGCCACUCGGCGAAGCAGGAGUGCAGCGCAGCGAUGACGAAGACACCGACGAGGAUUACGGCGUCGGAUGCUCCUGGGCAGACUAUGGUCUACCAAAGUCCCUCCACCGCACUUCGAGCAACGACUCUUUCCAAUGCCGCGGCCUUGGCAUGUUCAACAUUCAGUUCGACGACAACAGGUCCUCUACCCUAGAGGCAGCAGCAACAGCUUCCACGGCGAUGAAAGCCCCUACUUCUACACUGGCUCACUCCACCUUUGCCCAGGCCGUGGAUGGACUUUCGUCGCCCAUUGCCUUCUCGAACCACAAGUCCGACUCGGCCGCUACCACCAACACAAAGCGACGAAGGAGCACACUCUCCCGACUGAGGGGUCUCUCUACCUCUACCGGCAACGAUGAGGACAAGGAGAAUGCUUCACCUACCUAUGAGGAGUUUGUCCAGCCCGGCAGCGCUGCCCGCAGGAUGAGCAACUUCACCAACGAAGCCAGUCCUACCAAGAGGCGUCCCACUACUCCUGUACGACCACCAAGGCCAGAGACACUAGUGUGGAACAGCAACUUUGCCGUCACCUUUCCUACCAGUCGUCGGUCGAGUGUUCAACACAAUUUCCAGGAGGACAUUGGUGAGGAGAGUGACGAGCACUCAUACGAACCUCGCGAGGCACAAGAUGCCAUCUCACCCUUGUCGAGCAUCACCGGUGCACCUCGUCUCUCAUGGCUCUCCAACCUUCGGAAUCGUCAUGCUUUCCCCCUCGAUUUAACCUUUGCCAUCAACACCUUUUCACCACGGGGCCAAGCAGGCAGGGAUACCUCUCGUCUACCCCGCACCCUAGCUGUGCACCGCAACGACACCAUCUCCAGCAUCAAGCAACGUCUCUCUGCAGCUCUCAAGACUGCCGGACUACCCACUUCAGCCGAUGACCUCAUCGUCAGUCUUCGCAGCAGUGAAGUCGCUCCUCAAGUCUCGCCACGCAUCCGUAUGAAUAGCAUCGUCGACUACGACGCCGCUGCUACACCUCCAGCACAGAUGGGCUUUGCUGCACGCAAGGGAUCCGCACCCCUGCCGUCGCCAUCGUACACUACGCUCCUCUGGGCAGCAGCAGCAAGGAGAAGAGCCUCGGCUACACCGGCCAUGACCUUCUGCUCCUCAACGUCCCCCAAGAAGUCAAAGGUGACCACCCCCAGCACGCCUUUGGAUGGCAACUUGCUCAGCAUCGACAAUGAUGCAGCGGCUCUCACUGCUCGCUGGCGCGAGCUGGACGACGAUGAGGCUACUUUGGAUCAGGUGGGUGUGACACCCAGCGACCAACUCGUCGUCGCCCUUCGUCGCGCCCACUAUGUCCACUUCUAG